UCUUUUUAUAACCACUAUUAUUGCAUUGGUUCCCAUAUGAGUAAAAUAAGUUGGUGGAUUGACUAUAUUUGUUGGUUGAUUUCUGAAAAUAUAUAUGAACAACAAUUACUAUCACAAACUUACUUUUCUGCUGUUUUACUUACAUUAACAUGGCUGAAUUGUUUGUCUUUGAUGUUGCUGAUUCACUGCUUGGGAAGCUUGCUUCAUAUGCUUACGAAGAAGCUUCUCGAGCCUAUGGUGUGUAUGAAGAUCUACAAGAGUUCAAAGAUACUUUGUCAAUAGUUAGAGGUUUGUUGUUAGACGCAGAGGAGAAGAAGAACCAACAACAUGCCAUCCGUGACUGGCUAAGGCAGAUUCAAAGCAUCUGCUCCGAUGCUGAAGAUGUAUUAGAUGGAUUUGAGUUACAAGACAAACGGAAGCAAGUUGUGGAAGCUUCUGGCAGCACAAGUAUGAAGGUACGCCACUUCUUUUCAUCCUCUAAUCCAUUCGCUUUCCGUUUUAAGAUGGCACAACAAAUCAAAGAUAUUAGGGAAAGAUUGGAUAAGGUAGCAUCUAAUGGGACCAAGUUUGGACUUACAACCAUCAACGUUAGUCCAGGACUUGUUGUCCAAAGGAGAGAAAUGACUUAUCCCGAUGUUGAUGCUUCAAGUGUCAUAGGAAGAGAGAGUGACAGGGAAGAAAUUAUCAAGCUGUUGAUGCAACCACAUCCUCAAGGUGAUGGUGUUGGUGAUAAAAGUAUGUGUGUUAUUCCCAUUGUGGGAAUUGGAGGGUUGGGGAAAACCACACUUGCAAAGUUGGUGUUCAAUGACAAGAGGGUGGAUUUCCAUUUGAAGAUGUGGGUGUGUGUCUCCAAUGCUUUUGACAUCAAGCAGAUAAUUAUUAAUAUCAUAAACUCUAUUUCUGCUUCAGCCCCAACUCUUACUUUUUCUCACCAAGAAAACAUUAACAACUUAGAUAUGGUGCAGCUUGUAAGUCGUCUGAGAUCUAAACUUUCUGGUCAGAAGUUUUUACUCGUGUUAGAUGACAUGUGGAUGGAUGAUCGUGCAAAAUGGAUUGAGUUGAAAGAUUUGAUAAAAGUUGGGGCACCGGGAAGCAAAGUUAUGGUGACAACACGUAGCAAUUCAAUUGCUUCACUGAUGGGCACUAUUCCCUCGUAUGUUUUACAUGGUCUUUCUAUGGAUAAUAGUUUGGCUUUGUUCGUUAAAUCAGCAUUUGAGGAAGGCGAAGAAGAAAAAUUUCCUAAUCUAGUGGAGAUUGCAAACGAAAUUGUGAAAAAAUGUCUAGGAGUUCCACUAGCUGUGAAAACAUUAGGAAGUUCUCUAUAUUCAAAAUUUGAUUUAACUAAGUGGGAAUUCGUAAGAGAUUCAGAAAUAUGGAAUUUAGAACAAAAGCAAGAUGAUAUUUUACCUGCACUAAAAUUAAGCUAUGAUCAAAUGCCAUCCUAUUUGAGACACUGUUUUGCUUAUUUUUCCCUAUAUCCCAAAGGUUAUAGCUUCGGUGUGAAUAGUAUGCUUAAAAUUUGGAUAGCCCUAGGAUUAGUGGAAUCCCGUAAUGGAAGUGAAAAUCUGGAGAAUAUUGCUAGAGAAUAUAUAGAUGAAUUCCAUUCAAGGUCAUUUCUUCUAGAUUACGCGGAUCAAGGCCAGCUUUUCAGUUUCAAAUUACAUGAUUUGGUGCAUGAUCUUGCAUUGUAUGUUGCAAAGUAUGAGUGUGUUCUAGUACAGUCCCAUACUCGAAAUAUACCCAACCAAGUGAGGCAUGUGUCAAUUGUUGAAAAGGAUUCACUUGAUCUUGCUCUGAUUUUAACGUCCAAACAAGUAAGAACUAUAUUGUUUCCCAUUCGUGGAAUGGGUCUUGACAGUGCUUCUCUUUUGGAAACAUGGGUAUCAAGAUACAAAUUCUUACGGAUUUUAGAUUUAAGUGAUUCUUCGAUAGAUAUUAUACCUGAUUCAAUUGCUAAAUUAGAGCACCUGCGCACUCUCGAUCUAUCUAAUAACAGCAAAAUCAAAAGACUUCCCAAUUCUAUUUGCAGGCUCCAAAAUUUGCAAGUCUUGUUACUUUCUGGAUGUAUGGAGCUUAAAACACUACCUAAAGGAUUAGGGAACCUGGUCAGCCUUCGAAAACUGUCUAUAACGACAAAACAAUAUGUUCUUUCACAAAAUGAAUUUGCAAGCUUCAACUAUCUUCAAACUUUGGAUUUUUAUUGUUGUGAAAAUUUGAAAAUUUUGUUCGAUGGGGCACACCAACUCACUUUCCUUGAAACAUUGAUUGUUCAAUCAUGUGGAAGCUUGGAGUCCUUACCUCUUUAUUGUUUCCCUAAAUUACAGACUUUGUACCUUAGAGACUGUAAGAUGUUAGAUAUGUCGUUGAACAACGAAAAUCCAAUUCAAAAAUUGAAGAUGAAACAUCUGUAUCUUGGUGAAUUUCCAAGGCUUCUGACAUUGCCGAGAUGGAUCGUAGGUGCUGCAGACACGUUAGAGACCUUGUUAAUUGAUAACUUUCCUAAUCUUAAGAUGCUUCCUGAGUGUCUCACAACAAUGACUCAUCUUAAGAUGCUUGGUAUCCGUCUCUGUACUCAAUUGUUAACUCUUCCAAUUGACAUUCAUAGCCUCACUGCACUUGAAGAAUUGCUCAUAUAUGGUUGUCAUGAAUUGGGCAUAAAAUGUCAGCCUCAAAUUGGUGAAUACUGGUCCAUGAUUGCUCACAUCAAGCACAUAUCCAUUGAUAACCACUUUGAAGGUUUUCAUUACUUACAGGAUAAGGUGUACAAUAUGAUGAGGCUGGAGUGGAAAAGGAAUAUGUUGCUUGAAGGGAGACAGAAAAUGAAUUGUUUGAUGCAGAUGGAGAAGAAGAAUGUAAACAUGAAACUUUAGAUUAUGUAAAUUUGGAAUGAUUUCAAUAAGGACUAUCUUUAUAUAGUUUUUAAUGUAUUUUGUUGUUUAUGAUGAAUCAUUGUUCUUCCUCUGCACUCUUUUUCCCUUCAUCAAGGUUUUAUCCAACUGGGUUUUCCUUGGUAAGGUUUUUAAUGAGGCAGAGGAAUUCUUA